UUGUGUCCUCAUAGGGUCAGAGAAGAGGGCCAUGUCCAAGAGUUUGAGAAGUUCUUCGAAGGAUGGAUCAAAGUGUCAGUUCUUCCAAGAAAAGCCCUGAUAGAAACUUUGGUGUCAGAUGUUAAAGUCUUUGUCACAAACUGCCCUUACAGGUACGGGCCGUGUGCAGGUGAAACAUCGAGCGGAUACAGGGGACAAAAGGCUUCAACAGUCGGCUGGCCUCCGCGCUUUGGCUUUGACUUUGGAGUCAUGAAGCUGGGAUUGUUGUUGGCGUUGACUGGAGCCGCUUUCGUGCUCAACCUCUCUGAGGGCAGGAUCGUCUCCAAAUGUGAGCUGAGGCAGAAACUCCAGCAGGUUCUGCCUCUGCCCAGAAAGUAUGGCAGAUACAAGGACCAAAUCCUAGCUCUAGUUACUUGUGAACUAGAGAGAAGAUCCCAACUUGACUCCAAUCUGGUGACUGGAAAUGCUGUGCUCCCAACUGCAGCUGCUAGGCAAACAACACAAGCCUCUGAAGGAAACCAAACCGCCACUGACCAAGACAUUGACUCCACAAUCUCCUCAGCCCCAAUGAUAAACAGCACUGUUCCCAGUUUUAGAAGAAAGCGAUGGGCUUCAAUGAAAGACUUUAGAGAAAGAAGUGACAAGAGACGAGGCCAGAAGGGACAGAGUAGUGACGAAAGUGGAGACAGUGACAACAGCAGCGAUGAAAGCCACGAGAAAAAGCAGCAAGGUAAAGAAAGUCAUGAAUCUUCUGAAGUUGAAGGUCACGAAAUGGAAAAUCAUGGAGCCAACAAACCAACAGAGAGUUCUAGAACCACUGAAAUGUCAAACGGUGUGUCUGGUAACCCAAGACAGAAGAGAGAUGCUUCAUCCGAAGAGAAGGGUCAUAAGCAACGAGGCCACAAGAAGCAGGGCGACAAGAAACGGGGCAAGAAGGGACGAGGCAGUGAAGAAAGUGACGAAAGUGAAGAAAGUGACAACAGCAGCGAGGAAAGCCAUGGAAUGGAAAACCAUGGAGCCAACAAUCCAACACCCAGCACUAGAACUACUGAAAUGUCAAACGGUGUGUCUGGAAACCCAAGACAGAAGAGAGAUGCUUCAUCUGAAGAAAAGGGCCAUAAGCAAAGAGGCCACAAGAAGCAGGGCGACAAGAAACGGGGCAAGAAGGGACGCGGCAGUGAUGAAAGUGAUGAAAGUGACAACAGCAGUGAGGAAAGCCACGGAAUGGAAAACCAUGGAGCCAACAAACCAACAGAGAGUUCUAGAACCACUGAAAUGUCAAACGGUGUGUCUGGUAACCCAAGACAGAAGAGAGAUGCUUCAUCUGAAGAAAAGGGCCAUAAGAAAAGAGGCCACAAGAAGCAGGGCGACAAGAAACGGGGCAAGAAGGGACGCGGCAGUGAUGAAAGUGACGAAAGUGACGAAAGUGACAACAGCAGUGAGGAAAGCCAUGACAUGGAAAAUCAUGGAGCCAACAAACCAACAGAGAGUUCUAGAACCACUGAAAUGUCAAACGGUGUGUCUGGAAACCCAAGACAGAAGAGAGAUGCUUCAUCCGAAGAGAAGGGCCAUAGGCAAAGAGGCCACAAGAAGCAGGGCGACAAGAAACGGGGCAAGAAGGGACGAGGCAGUGAAGAAAGUGACGAAAGUGACGAAAGCGACAACAGCAGUGAGGAAAGCCACGGAAUGGAAAACCACGGAGCCAACAAUCCAACAGCCAGCUCUAGAACCACUGAAAUGUCAAACGGUGUGUCUGGUAACCCAAGACAGAAGAGAGAUGCUUCAUCUGAAGAAAAGGGCCAUAAGCAAAGAGGCCACAAGAAGCAGGGCGACAAGAAACGGGGCAAGAAGGGACGCGGCAGUGGUGAAAGUGAUGAAAGUGACAACAGCAGUGAGGAAAGCCACGGAAUGGAAAACCACGGAGCCAACAAACCGACAGAGAGUUCUAGAACCACUGAAAUGUCAAACGGUGUGUCUGGUAACCCAAGACAGAAGAGAGAUGCUUCAUCUGAAGAAAAGGGCCAUAAGCAAAGAGGCCACAAGAAGCAGGGUGACAAGAAACGGGGCAAGAAGGGACGCGGCAGUGACGAAAGUGACGAAAGUGACGAAAGUGACGAAAGCGACAAAAGCAGCGAGGAAAGCCACGGAAUGGAAAACCAUGGAGCCAACAAACCAACACCUAGCACUAGAACCACUGAAAUGUCAAACGGUGUGUCUGGAAACCCAAGACAGAAGAGAGAUGCUUCAUCUGAAGAGAAGGGCCAUAAGCAAAGAGGCCACAAGAAGCAGGGCGACAAGAAACGUGGCAAGAAGGGACGCGGCAGUGAUGAAAGUGACGAAAGUGACGAAAGCGACAACAGCAGUGAGGAAAGCCAUGACAUGGAAAAUCAUGGAGCCAACAAACCAACAGAGAGUUCUAGAACCACUGAAAUGUCAAACAGUGUGUCUGGAAACCCAAGACAAAAGAGAGAUGCUUCAUCUGAUGAGAGGGGCAACAAGAGACGAGGCAAAAAGGGACGAGACAACAAGAAACGUGGUGACAAGAGAAGGGGCAACAAGGGACGGGACAGUGAUGAAAGUAAUGAAAGUGGGGAAAGCAAACAGAAAAACAAGAAGGAAAAGAAGCCCAGCAAACACAGCCAUGAAUCAUCAUCUCAAGAGGAGUACAACAUGGAGCAGAAUCAGGGACCCAGCAACUAUUUCGGGCUCUUCCAGCUCUCUGACAGCUUCUUCUGUGAUUCAGGCAACGGCUUGUCCAAGAAUCUCUGUGACACAAACUGCUCAGCCUUCAUUGAUGACAACAUCACCGAUGACCUUGAAUGCUUCGCAUACAAAGGAUACUGGAGAUCAAUCCUGGAUGAAGUCUCCAGCAGCUGCUCAGACCAACAGGACACCUACUUUGAUGAAUGUGAAUAAGCAGGUCUACAAACCUGCUUUCUACAUGUAACAUUUCAUGCUGGAAUCUUAGCUGUCAUGGGAAGUUCCUCAUACUCUGGUUUCUCUGGCGUUUUCUGCUUUAGGCUAUUUUAUUUUUGCUGAUUGUUUUUACAUUAUGCUGGAUAAAAACAUCAGUGAAGUUAAUAAAGUUGCCAAAACUUUUAGCAAUAACAGAAAUAAAUAUUUAUGUUGGUGACUUUAGAAUAUAUUAUUUUAUGUCUUUUUUGUUUGUCUGUGCGGAUUAAUAACUCAAUAAAAUUUAAAGCUUUUUAA